AUGCCUCCCUCCUCGGGAAUCUAUCUCACGGAAAGGAUUCCCUCGCGCCGUGGACAAGAAGACAGCAAACGACGCAGAGACCAGUCAUCUCCCAAUCGUUCCGUACCAGUCAGGAAGCGAGCAAAAACCCAAUCAACUGUGCCUCUCAGUCGCUCCUCCACUGCCCAGCUUUACGUACGAGAUUUGGAACGAAUUCCUCCUCGCCUCGGUAACCUGUCCCGAUCGAGCUUGCCACAAAGAUUGUGCUCCGCGGCCCGGUCUCCUUCUUCCCCCUUUGGACGGGGCGCUGUCUCUCCAACAUAUGUCCUGGCAUAUACUAGGACAUAUGCCAGGUGCUUGUUCGAGAUGGGCCAUCCAGCGCCUUGGACGAAGGGCGUCCCAACUGUACGGAUCGGGCCCACUGGACGAAAAAGAUGUGCUCAGACACCGAGAGGCACGCGCCCGCAUGCCACUGCGCUUUGCUCGACAGGCGAUGCGGGAUGCCAUCUCCGCCAGCCGAUGCCCACAUCGCCCUUGCACUGUCUGUGUGAGUGA